AUGGCUGAAAGAGAAAUUACAGACGAUAAAGCUUCGGCUUCAAAAGGAAACAAGGGCGAGAAAAUUAAUGAUAAAGUUUCGAGCUCGCAUGAAGAGAAAGAAAGUAAAAUAAAUACUUCCCAAAAUACAUUAGAAAUCGAUAUUGCAGUUGAUUCAACAGCUGUGAUCCAGAAAAGCGCAAACCUUAAAGAAAUCUCAGGGGUACACGAGGAAGCUACUACUGCCGCUAAGAUUAAGAGUGAUAUCAAGAAACCCGCACGUGGGCGAGGCAGACCGAAAAAAGUUAAUGGCAUUGAAGUAACCACCGCUACCAAUAUCAUUAAUGACACUGAUCAAUAUGAACAAGCUAAAGAAAUCAUCCCUAUACGUCGACCAGGAAGACCGAAAAAAAUUAAGGGAGAUGAAGUGAAUUCUCAAAUUUCUGAAUUUAAAACAAUUACCAACGAAGCUGACCAAUCAUCAAAGCCAAGACGUGGAAGACCCAAAAAAAAAAUUGAUCCAAACCUAGAAACUGCUCCGAGUUCUAAUAAGAGGGAGCAAAAAGAAAGCGAAACUGCUUCUGAAUUUGUAAAAGAAGUAAGAAAAUCAGAAGGUAGGCGAGGUAGGAGAAGAAAAUUUAAUGAAAUUGAAAGAGAAACGCCACAGGAUCCUAUGCCCAUACACACAGAAAUAACGAGAGACUUAAAUCAACAAGACCUCGAUAUUCGGAUUCCUGAUGUGCUUAAAGCUAAACUUGUAGACGAUUGGGAGUACGUUAUGAAACUUAAUAAUUACAUACAAGCGCCAAGUUCUGUGACUAUUAAUCAGAUCCUUGACCGAUGGAUGACAUAUCAACGUUUAGAAGACUUGUCCAUUAAUAACACUUCGAAUAUUGGCGAAGAAGUCGCGGAGAAUAAUCAAAAUCUAUCAUUGGCCGAUAAUGUAAUGCCACUAUCGGACACUAAUGAUAUUUACCACCGAGUCGUUGCUGGUUUAAAAAACAACUUUGAGUGUGCCGUAAAUUACGAUCUUUUAUAUAACGUGGAAAAACCUUAUUUGGUUGACCUCAAGAAAAAUCACGCCGACAUGGAAUUGUGCGAUGUUUAUGGUGCGGAACAUUUGCUGCGUCUUAUCGUGAAACUACCAUAUUACUUGAUGUGUUCGGAUAUUGAUUAUGAAUCUCUGCAAGAACUAAAAGUUCGGUGCGAUCAAAUAAUGACAUUUUUGGUUAAAAACGUCGAUGAAUUUUUCCUUCCCUCGCCUGCCGUCUUAAAUACAGCAACAGCAAGUAGCCCUGUCAAAAAACAAAGAAAUAACAUGAACAACAAUAAUAUUAAACAUAGGGAUGUAAAAUGCGCAAACUGCAAAAUCACCAGCACCGCCGUAUGGCGUGUUGGACCCACACAAGAUCAGACCUUGUGUAAUGCCUGCGGUCUCUAUUACAACAAAAAUAAACAACACAGGCCUGAACGCUUGUGGAAGCAUUAA